UCCACAUUUCAUAUUACCCAAAACUUUUACAACCAUUCUUCAUCUUCCAACAUAAACUCUCAAGCAUUUUGUCUCUCUAGAUCUAUCUCUACGAAACCAUGGAAGCCGUUGCUACAGCAGCCGUUGAAGUUGUUGUCCAAAACCUGAUCAACUUUCUCAAGGAAGAGUACUCUCUGCUUCGAGGUCUCGACAAAGAUUCUGAACAGCUGCAGGAGACUUUGAAGAUGAUUCAAGCCUACUUGAGUGAUGCUGAGAAGAAAUCCACCACUGAAGCUGUGAAGAUGUGGUUGAGGAAACUUGAAGCUGUGGCAUUCGAUGCUUAUUAUGUCUUGGAUGAACUCAACUAUCAUUUUCUCUACAAAAAGGCGAGGAAAAUGGAAGCACCCAAUCCCAAGCCGAAGUACAAGGUACUAUCAUGCUUGUCAUCCUGUUGUAGUGGUAGUCGCAUCUCACGUCACUCUAAAAUGGCUCAUACCAUUAAACAAAUUAAUGCGGAUUUUGAGUGUGUGAACAAAAAGGCAACAGAUCUUGGCCUUCAAUUCAUUCUUGCGAAUGCACCUCCUGCUGUUGUAGAUACUUCCCGUGAGACUGAUUCGGUGAGUCUUGAUCCAAUCUUUAUUGGAAGAGAUGAUGAUGUGCCUAAACUAGUUCACAUGCUCAUCCAAACACACCCCGAGAAAGAGAACCGGAUGUUCUCCAUCGUUGCUCUUGUGGGAAUGGGGGGUAUGGGGAAAACUACGUUGACUAAAAAAGUGUUUAACCAUGAAAAUGUGAAGGCUCAAUUCGGAUCACUUCUCUGGGUUCACGUUUCUCAAAUCUUUAAUCCCAUCAUUCUUUUCAAAAAAAUUCUUUUAGCAUUGAAGUCACUUGGUGGUGAUGAAGGUCAGAGUAGGGAAGCUAUCCUUUCAGCAUUGCCUUCAGACGGUGGUGAUGAAGGUCAGUGUAGGGAAGCUAUCAUGAGAAAGCUUAAAGAUGCUUUCAAGGAGAAAACAUAUCUUCUUGUUCUUGAUGAUGUAUGGAAUGAAGAUGUUGCAAUGUGGGAAGAGUUUUUAAAUUCCUUGUCAGGAAUUACUUCAACUUUGGGAAAUGGCAUUAUCAUCACUACCAGAAGUCUAAAUGUUGCUUCUAUUGUUAAACCACUUAAAUACACUUUAAGAGGCUUAUCAGAUGAGGAUUGUUGGACCAUAAUCAAAGAAAAAGCCUUUGAUGUAAAUGAAGAAGUUCCACCACAAUUUGAGAUUAUUGGAAAAAGGAUUGCAGAAGCAUGUCAAGGUUUGCCCUUAGCUGCCAAUGUUGUUGGUGGUGUGCUUCGACGAUGUAAGUCCGAAGAAGAUUGGCGUUUAAUCAGUGUAAAUUGUCUUUCAGUUGCUGAAGGUGCUGAAAGAAUUAAAGAUAUACUGAAAUUGAGUUAUAAUUAUUUGCCUUCACCAUCUCUGAAGAAAUGUUUUGCAUACUGUUCAAUUUUUCCUAAAGGUGACAUGAUUAUUAAGCAUCAGUUAAUUGAGCAGUGGAUGGCCGAAGGAUUUCUUCAACCAGAUGAAAGAAAUGAGAUGGAAGAUGUGGGAAAUAAGUUUUUCAAUGUUCUUCUACACAACUCUUUGCUUCAUGUUGCAUGGCGAGAUGAUUAUGGAAAUGUGAAAGGUUGCAUGAUGCACGAUCUUGUGCAUGAUCUUGCAUCUUUUGCUCUAUCUAACAAUGCAGAAGGCAGCACCCCCACCAGAUACAUGUUUCUCAAAAAAGAAUCAAGUCUUAUUUCGAAAGAAGUGGCCAAGCACUUGCGUACAUUAAUCUUGAAAAGGGGAACUUCUGGUAUCACGUUCUCAGAGUUCCAAUGUCUGCAUAGUCUAACUCUCGAUGAUGAUAAUAUUAAAGAGUUGCCCAAUUCAAUUAGGGAGUUGAUACAUUUGAGAUAUCUUGAUAUUUUAAAUACAUCCGCUGAAGGCUUCCCGGAGUGGAUUGGUGAACUUAGUCACUUGCAAACAUUAAGAAUUCCACGUCUCACGCGACAGAAACUGCCAAACACUUUCAAGUACUUGGUUAACUUAAAGCAUCUUUAUAUCAAUGAUCAAGUUGAGUUGCCCGCAGAAAUUGGGAGAUUAACUAGUCUCCAAACACUACCUUACUUCAAAGUGGGAGAAGAGAAGGGCUCUCGUAUUGAAGAACUCAGAAAUUUGAAAAAUCUCAAAGGAGAAUUAACUAUUACAAAUCUUGAGAGGGUGCGUGACAAGGAAGAGGCUCUGAAAGCCAAUAUUUUGCAGAAGCAACACUUAUCUGAAUUGCAGUUUGAAUGGGGAAGGUAUUCUUCGGGUGAAAGAAAUGAUGAGAGUGUGUUGGAAGGUCUCAGACCUCAUGCUAAUCUGAAGAAGUUGAAGAUUCUAGGAUACAAAGGCAAAAAAUUUCCAACAUGGUUACGGAAUGAUCCUCAAGGCUCUUGCUCACCAUUUCAAAACAUUAUUGAGAUAGAUCUCCAUUGGUGCUUAGAAUGUGAGGAAAUAACAUUAGACCACUUCCCAAGUUUAAGGUCGCUCUAUAUAUGGGGAUUAGAGAGUUUGGAAUGCUUUUCAAAGAGUUUUUUCUAUAACCAUCGCAAUCUCUCAUACUUGAACAUUAUAGAUUGUGAUAUGUUGAGAGCAUUACCAGAUGGACUGGACACCCUGAAUUCUCUGCAUACCUUGGCCAUAGAAAGGUGUAGAAAUCUGAAGUCGAUGGGGAAUCCAAGCUGCGUAGAAGGAGAAAAUCAAGGAACCCUCCGUUGGCUGAGCAUUACAGAUUGUGGAGAACUGAGGGAAUUGCCACGUCAAAUGCUAGAGUUGUGGGCCCCUACAAUUGAGCAUCUUGAAUUGGAGGGAUUAAGGAGCCUAACGAAUCUACCAAUGCUAAUUGAUUGUCUCGCUAAAUCAUCUCAUCUCUGGUAUUUACAUUUCACGGGUGUUCCUAAAAUGAUGUCUGCUGGAAGUGUUGAGAGUUGGGAUUUAGGUAGCUUGCAGACUUUAAAUAUAGAUGUGAGUGUGGAGUGGUCAGAAGAGAAUAGUGUUGGCAUUAAUGAGACUGUGAAUGGCAUAUUGGAAGGCUGUUGCAACUCACUUGGGAGAUUAACAUUAAGAGGGGUGGAAAAUUGGAAGUGGUUGCCUCAAUCAAUUGAAUGUCUCACUUCUCUUUCUUGGUUAGAGUUGGAGAAUAUAGGGAUAGAAGAAUUUCCGCAAUGGUUUGGAAACCUCUCAACUCUAAUGGUGCUAGUUUUAAAUGGCUGCACAAAGUUGAGGUGCCUGCCCUCUUCUGUGGAUGCAUUGAAGCUCCUUAAUGCAUUAAAAGAGUUAGAAAUUAAAAAUUGUCUGGAACUAGGUAUUGAUCCGGAGUGGUGCAACCAUCCCAAUCUCAAAAUCACGGUUGAUGGCAACGUCGUCUCAUCUGAACAUCAUAGCGACCAAGACAAUUAAUGCUGGGCUGCAAAAAGAGGUAGAUCAUACCGGUCAAGUAUUUUGGGUGAAUUACUGAUUUGUUUACCAUUUGUUUCAUGUUGAUGAUAUAUGGUUGUCUUGAGAAGGGAAAAGAUGGAAAAACUUUGAGUUGAGUGGUGAUUUGGAGAAGAAGAUGAUUGCCUUGCAAAGAUGGCAUUUGUGAGAAACAAGAUUUGCUAUUUGUGCUCGAAGUGCGAUAACAAGCAGCAAAACGACGUGGUUUCUCUGUAUUGGAUGCUCCUCUUACCGACAGCAGCAAUUCCGUUUACAGACAAAAAUUGCCUUGAGAAGGGAAAAGAUGGAUACAUUUUUAGUUGAGUAGUGAGUUGGAGAAGAAGAUUGUUGCCUUGCAUACAUGAUUUGUGAGGUCGCUCGAACGGGCAGGGGCGGCUCUGGUAUGGGAGUAGGACCAAAGCACCUCCGUGGAUACUCGUUUUGACCAUCAGUACCGUCUUACAAUCAGCGUUGAUGGCUAUUGCGUUGCAAUCUCGUCGCAACCUGAAAUGCAAGGCUUGAGUCAUUACUGCAAAAAAGGUGCAAGCUUGGGAGCUGCCAAAAACUGAGUUUCUUCUUGUUUGCUUCUUAGAUGGAUGCAUAUAUUUCUUAUCUUAUCAUUAUUUGGGCAUGUUUGGUUAAUUGAUUUGCUUGCCAUGAAUUGAUAUGUUAAGUCAUGAUUGUUUUGGAUUUCUAUAAACCACUUUUGAAUA